AUGGGCCGUCAUAACCUUCAGUACCCAAAAGACUCUACGAAUACCGUCAAACGGUACAAAGUUCACGGGGUUUAUGACCUCGAGACUGUUCAUAGUAUCGUCAAUACAUGUCCAAUUCUUCAUAUAUCUUUCAAUACACCUUCUCAACCAUUUCCGGUUGUGUUGCCUAUGAUAGGACAACUGGGAUCGUUUGAUCGACCAAGUUCAAGCCUACGCGAUCCCCUUGAACUGUAUCUCCACGGAUAUGUAUCGUCGAGGAUCAUGAAUUUGGCUCAGACAUCUACAGUUGACGGAGAAGAGAUUCAAGGAAUGCCUGUUUGUGUUGCUGCAUCUCACGUUGAUGGACUCGUCUUGACUCUGGCGACGUAUUCUCACAAUUACAACUAUCGAUCUGCUGUUCUUUACGGAUACGCGACCACUGUUAAAUCAGAUGAAGAGAAGUUAUAUGCGAUGGAACUUAUCAGCAAUAGUGUUGUGACUGAUCGUUGGAAACAUACGCGACAGCCUCCGUUGGCGUCGGAGAUGCAGAGUACGAAUAUUCUAAAGGUGAAGAUCACUUCGGCAAGUGCCAAGAUUAGUGCGGGAUCUACGACGGAUGAUAAGAGUGAUUUGGAGAAUGAGAGUCUGGUGAAUUCGACGUGGACGGGUGUGUUGCCUGUGUAUCAGACGAUUGGGGAGCCGAUUCCGGGUCCGUAUAACAGGGUUGAUGUGCCUGAGCAUGUUGCGAGUUUUGCGAAGGAUACGAAUGAUGAGAAGAAGCAGAGAUCUUUGGAUGCGGCAAAGGGUGAGAGGAGGGCGAGGUGA